UGGGCGUUACUAAAUAUGUACAACUAUACGACCCCACCCUGGAUGGGAAAUUGUAUAAAUAGCAGUUGGCCGACUGACCGACCUUCAGUUAAAGAAUUCUGCAGAAAUCUAUCAUAUUCAACUACAAAACUUCAAAAACUCCAAUCUCUAAAAUGUUCAAACUUCUCCUCGUCGUCUUGGCCAUCAUUGCCGUGGCUUCUGCCCAAUACAUCUACUCAGGAGUGCCCGCUUACACUUCCGGUUAUGCUGCCCGUUAUGCCGUUCCAAGCGUCGGUGGUGGAUACUCCGUUCAUGGAGCCUCCCCCCAUUAUGGAGGAGUCACCGUUUGGUAAAUGGUUUCAUUCUGACCCGGCCUAGUUUAUCAAUUUCCAAAAUUAUGAGGAUCAAUUCGUUUAAUCUGGAAAAAUAAAGAAAUCAUUCAGCACAAACUA